AUGGCCAAACCGAAGAAGAAGCCCAACAAGGACACAUCGCCCCGCGGUGCAGCAUCGCCUUCGUCUCCUCAGGCCCCGGCUGGCGACCACAAAGUCGAGCACAUCGUGUACCUCAAGGAGCUGAACAUGCUUUCCAUUCCGUCGACCGCGCCGGUUGGGGACGAGGGUCGAUUCUCGGUGCACGGGCGGGGACUCAAGCUCGAGUUCGGUGUCAAGGGCGGCCCGCGGGCGGCCGAGGCGUGGGUCCGGACCAUUCAGCUCUCGCUGUUGGCCUACCAGCACCAGGCCAAGCGCAAGUUCCUCAAAACGACGAUGAGGCGUUCGGUAAAGAGCGGACCUGCGCCCGGAGCAGUGCCCUCCGGUUCGCCCAGAGACGCGCAGGGCUCCAACUCGGCGCCGCUGCCCGCCGUUCCGUCUUCGCCGUCGGCAUCAGGCGCCCGCGCCUCCCUCUCCGACCUCUUUUCCUCCCGCGGCUAA